AUGUUUGGCAUCCACGAGAGCAUCCAGAGGAGUGGGAGUAGUAUGAAAGAAGAGCCCAUGGUGGCCGGGAUGAACGCGGUUCGGACAUGGAUGCAGGGUGCCGGAGUGCUGGACGCCAACACUGCCGCCCAGAGCGGAGUGGGUCUUGCUCGGGCACACUUUGAGAAACAGCCGCCCUCCAACCUCCGCAAGUCCAACUUCUUCCACUUCGUGCUGGCUUUGUACGACAGGCAGGGUCAGCCUGUGGAAAUAGAGAGAACCACCUACAUUGAUUUUGUAGAGAAAGAAAAGGAAACGACGGGGGAAAAGACCAACAAUGGGAUCCAUUAUAGACUUCAGCUCCUUUACAGUAACGGGAUCAGGACAGAGCAGGACUUAUACGUUCGUCUCAUUGACUCCAUGACUAAACAGGCGAUUAUCUAUGAAGGCCAGGAUAAAAAUCCAGAGAUGUGCCGGGUUUUGUUGACCCACGAGAUCAUGUGCAGUCGAUGCUGUGAUAAGAAGAGUUGUGGCAACAGGAACGAGACCCCAUCAGACCCUGUCAUCAUCGACAGGUUCUUCCUCAAGUUCUUCCUGAAGUGCAACCAGAACUGCCUGAAGAAUGCCGGGAACCCGAGAGACAUGAGGCGUUUUCAGGUGGUAGUGUCGACUACGGUGAGCGUGGAGGGUCAUGUCCUGGCCGUGUCAGACAACAUGUUCGUGCACAACAACUCCAAACACGGGCGCCGAGCUCGAAGACUGGACCCCUCGGAAGGCACGCCGUCUUACCUGGAACAUGGAGAGACAACCCCCAGCAUCAAAGCCAUCAGCCCCAGUGAAGGCUGGACCACAGGGGGCGCUACAGUCAUCAUCAUCGGGGACAACUUCUUUGACGGCUUGCAGGUCAUCUUUGGAACCAUGUUGGUUUGGAGUGAGCUGAUCACCCCCCAUGCCAUUCGAGUGCAGACUCCACCCAGACACAUCCCUGGGGUGGUGGAGGUCACACUGUCCUACAAAUCCAAACAGUUCUGCAAAGGCACACCUGGACGCUUCAUCUACACAGCGCUGAAUGAGCCAACCAUAGACUACGGCUUCCAGAGGUUACAGAAGGUCAUCCCCAGACACCCCGGAGACCAAGAAAGAUUACCCAAGGAGGUGAUCUUAAAGAGAGCAGCAGAUCUGGUGGAGGCCUUGUACGGGAUGCCUCACAAUAACCAGGAGAUGAUUCUGAAACGAGCAGCAGAUAUCGCGGAGGCCCUGUAUACAACAGUGCCACGAGGGCACAACCAGCUAGCCAGUCUUGGCAGCGGCUCUGUCCAUGCUGGCAUGAUGGCCGUAAACUCCUUCACCGGGUCAGAGGUGGCUCAAACAGCCAAUCAGGGUUUCAGUAGGAGUACAAGCAGUGUGUCCCCUCAUGGUUAUGUCCCCAGCUCCACUCCCCAGCAGAGUAGCUACAGUUCUGUUUCCACUAGCAUGAAUGGCUACGCUAACUCUGGCAUGGCAACCUUGGGCACCUCGCCCAACUUCCUCAAUGGAUCUGCAGGCAAUUCGCCCUAUGCUAUCGUCCCGUCCAGCCCCACUAUGGCCUCGUCGACCAGCCUGCCCUCCAACUGCAGCAGCUCCUCUGGCAUCUUCUCCUUCUCUCCAGCCAACAUGGUGUCGGCCGCCGUCAAGCAAAAGAGCGCCUUUGCCCCCGUCGUGCGACCUCAAAACUCCCCACCACCCACGUGCACCAGCGGCAAUGGUAACAGCCUGCAAGAUCAGUCUUUUGUGGACUCUAGCAAGUACUCAUCAGCCAGCUCUCUGCAGGGCCUGGCCUUCUCCUGA